CCCCCAUCCCCACCCGCAAAAAGAGCAGAGGCGCUGGAACCUUCCCUGCGGGCCGCCUGGACUGGAGUGUACCGUGUAUCUGGAAAUCGCUCCCUAGAUAAUGAUUUCUGCUUUUUUUUGGAUCCCUUUGCAGACCCCUUUGCUGAUGCAACUAAGGGCGACGACUUACUCCCGGCAGGGACUGAGGAUUACAUCCAUAUAAGAAUCCAGCAGCGCAACGGCAGGAAGACGCUGACUACUGUUCAGGGCAUUGCAGAUGAUUAUGACAAAAAGAAACUUGUGAAGGCUUUCAAAAAGAAAUUUGCCUGUAAUGGCACUGUGAUCGAACAUCCCGAAUACGGAGAGGUUAUUCAGCUUCAAGGUGACCAAAGGAAAAACAUUUGCCAGUUUCUCUUGGAGGUUGGCAUUGUCAAGGAGGAACAGCUUAAGGUUCAUGGAUUCUAAAGUGAACCUAAGUACGUGGAGAAUUUCUUGAAUAAUUUUAUUCUCUCAAUCCAGUUUGGCUGCCUUGUGAAAUGGUUCUCUGCAGUACACGGACUUUUCGUUUAUUUAAUCAUUCAAACUUCCAUUCACAUCUGCAUGAUAACAGAAAACAUGGGGUAUGUAGGCUAGUGACACAUAAGAAAAUUGCAGUAAGAUGGUAACGAAACCCCGUAUUCAUCUUAACAUGUUUCCAAUGGAAAAUAUUUUGUUUUGAGUGUUUAUUUGUUUAUUGUUCAGUUUAUUACUUUUCACUUGAUUAAAUGUUUUUUGUUGUAUUAAACCAUGUAUGUUGCAGCUUAACAAUAAAAAAGUCUAUGAAUUCUUCUGUGAGCAGUUAGGCUCUCAAGUCUAAGCAACCAAGAUGCA